CGAGGCCCCGCCCCUUGGCGUUCGGCCGCGCGCGGGAUGUGGACCCUGCGGGCCGCCGUCCGCCGGGGGGCCUGGCUCUCCCGCUUGGUUCGCGGCCGCCCGGUUCCGAGGGCCGCGCCGCCGCCGCUGCCGCCACCGCCCUGGCCAGGGCGCGCGCUCGCCGCCUUCGGUACCGGGAAGGCGGGGGGCCUGCAGGGGCGCGGAGGCGGAGGCGGAGGCCGCGGGCCGCGGGCGCAUGGCGGGACUAGCGGAGCCGGGGAGGCGGAGGAGGAGCCGGAAGAUGAGGAGGAGGAGGAAGAGGAGGAGGAACUGCUGCGGAGGGAGCCCUUGCUGCCCUCGGGGACCCAGCGCGUGUGCCUGGUUCACCCCGAGAUCAAGGGGGGACCGAGGAAGCCAACGCUGACUCGAGCCGAGUGGCAGGUGGCGGAGGCGAAGGCGCUGGUGCACACGCUGGACCACUGGUCGGUGGUGGAGACGAUGGUGGUGCCGACCAAGGCGCCCGACCGGAAGCUCAUCUUUGGCAAAGGCACCUUGGAGCAGCUGACGGAGAAAAUUAGGAGCCUGUCAGAGGUCACCGCUGUCUUUCUGAACGUGGAGCGGAUGUCCAUGCCCACGAAGAAAGAACUGGAGGCCGCCUGGCGCGUGCAGGUGUUCGACCGGUUCACCGUGGUCCUGCACAUCUUCCGCUGCAACGCCCGGACCAAGGAGGCGCGGCUGCAGGUGGCCCUGGCCGAGCUGCCCCUCCUCAGGUCCAACAUGAAGCACGACCUCGCGCGCCUGGACGGACACGGAGGCAACUCCCGCUACAUCAUGGGGUCGGGUGCAGCAGCGUCUGAUGAAGGAAAAGGAGAUGAAGAUCCGCAGGGCCCUGGAGCGGCUGCGGCAGAAGAGGCAGCUGCUGGGCCGGCAGCGCAGGCGGCGGGAGUUCCCGGUGGUCUCGGUCGUGGGGUACACCAACUGCGGGAAGACCACGCUGAUCAAGGCUCUGACGGGCGACGGUGCCAUGCAGCCCCGGGACCAGCUGUUUGCCACCCUGGACGUCACCGCCCACGCGGGCUCCCUCCCGUCCCGCCUGGCCGUCGUCUACAUGGACACCAUCGGCUUCCUGUCCGAGCUGCCCCACAGCCUCAUCGCGUCCUUCUCCGCCACCCUGCAGGACGUGGCCCACUCGGACGUGAUCCUGCACGUGCGGGACGUGAGCCACCCCGAGGCCGAGCUGCAGAAGCUCAGCGUGCUCGCCGCCCUGCGCGGCCUGGGGCUGCCCGCGCCGCUGCUGGACUCGGUGCUGGAGGCGCACAACAAGGUGGACCUGGUGCCCGGGUACCGGCCGUCGGGGCCGCGCGCCCUGGCCGUGUCCGCGCUCCGCGGGCUGGGCCUGGAGGAGCUGAAGGCCGCGCUGGAGGCCGCCGUGCUGAGCGCCACCGGGAGGCGGGUGCUGACCCUCCGCGUGCGGCUGGCGGGGCCGCAGCUCAGCUGGCUGCACGCCGAGGCCGCGGUGCAGGACGUGCAGGUGGUCCCCGAGGCCGGGGUGGCCGACGUCACCGUCAUCAUCAGCGACGCGGCCUACGGCCGGUUCCGGAAGCUCUUUCCAGGAUGACCGGCCGGUCCCCGGAGGACGCAGGUCCCGCGGGUGGUCCCGGCGGAGGUCGGUGGGCGAACACGCGGGCUCCGACCCGCCCGGCGGUGCAUCGAGGGCGCACGGAGGGGACCGCCUCCCUCCUGACGGUUCUGCCACCGGCCGCUUCCCCCGGGCCCUCGUGUCCAGAGGAAACCAGACUUCGGGCCUCGUGUCCACACCAGGAAGUCGGUUCCUGCAGCAGAACUGCAGCAUCGGCUGCUCCAGGUGCCGGGGGUCCCGGACCGACGCCUGCACCCCGGACCGCGGCCUGCACCCCGGACGGCGGCCUGCACCCCGGACCGAGGCCUGCACCCCGGACCGAGGCCUGCACCCCGGACCGAGGGCUGCACCCCGGACCGAGGGCUGCACCCCGGACCGACGGCUGCACCCCGGACCGACGGCUGCACCCCGGACCGACGCCUGCAUCCCGGACGGAGGCCUACACCCCGGACCCAGCUGCAGAACCGGCCCAGGUCCAUCCGGUCCUGGACACUCCGUGCUUCUCCGAGAGGCCGCGAGCUGAGUGUGUUGCCAAGGAGACGCUCAGGGAAGGGGUGUCCUUCCCUGGCCUCACCCCGAAAGCUUGCAUGUAAUUUUCUUAGACGUG